UACAAGCUCAACUUAUGCUCAAGCCCAUACAUAGUCAAUAUACAUAAUGGAGUUGUAACAAUAUACUGGGUUUCGUUCUUUCUUUUUUCUUUUUUUUUCGUUUUUCUUUCCUCAACUGGGUCCCCGGGAAGUUCAGUUUCCGUCGCCGGAAUCUGAUUAUGCCCUAUGGCAAAGGGCCGGAAACUGACGCAGAGCCGCAGCGAACGUUUCCUCGGGAGCUACAGUAGCUACAGCCACGCCCAAGAGUCGCCGGAGCUCGCCGAAGACGAUGUCUGGUCGAUGGUGGAGACCGUGGAGGAGCGGGACGACAACGAGGUCGAUAACUCUCAAAGCGAGUGGAGUCCACGCGUCGCCGCCGAGACUAACGGAGGCUUUGCCGCGAGGGGAAGAAGCCGGCGCAUUCCACAGGACGAUAACAACGUUAGCGGAGGGCUGUCUUUGGCGUUUGUCGAAGACUCGGGAAAGACGGCGUCGUCGCCUCGGAUCGUGCACCAGUUCCGCGGACAUGACAGCGUGGCGUCUCCACGUGGCCGCCACAUGGCCUCGUCACUCCCCGUGAACGUGCCGGACUGGAGCAAGAUUCUCCGGGUCGACUCGGUCGACUCGCUGUACGAGUUCAACGACGGCAUGGACAGCAGCAACGACCCGGAGAUGAUCCCCCCACAUGAGUACCUGGCGCGUGAGUACACGCGAGGGGCGACGUCGGUUUUCGAGGGGGUGGGCCGGACGUUGAAGGGCCGGGACAUGAGGCGGGUUAGGGAUGCGGUUUGGAGCCGAACCGGGUUCGAUGGUUGAGAUCACUCAAGUGUGGUUAGCGUAGCAAAAAUAGGAGGAGGUUUGUUUUAUUGUUGAAAAUGAUUUGUUUUGGGGUUGAAUUGGGUAUUUUUGGUUUGGGCAAUGAAUGAUUCAACUGAAUUGAGUCGGUUGCGAGUGAGCCCAAACAUGAAUUCUGAAUCUGGGAUUUUAAUAUUUUAUUGUGGUGGGUUGAAUUUUGGAAAUCAAUUUCUUAUUAAGUGGUCACUUUCUAUUAUC